UCUUGGAUCAGCUAACUUGAGCUCAGUGUCUUAUCGAGUCAUUUUUGAAAAAAAUCUGAAAACGGUUCAGGAUCAGCAAAUGAAAAGUAUGCGACAGGAAAACGGUUCUCCGUUACGGCAGCUGAGCCGUGCAAGUAGUUGGUAGUGUUGCUGGCGUACCCAUCUAUCCUGGUGCGGAAACAAAAAGUGCUCGCGAGGUAAAAAAAUAAUCAAGCACCCUGGAAGAAGCGGGCGAAUCCAAGAUAUCCACCCAAAAUGGAUUUUGUAUAACUCCGACAAGAUGUAAGGAGCCGAACCAGGAGAACAGUUCGGAAGGGGCGACCAACCGCAUCAUGCUUGUCAAAAAAAUCAUAAUGAGAGAGCCGGGGAGCGGGGGUGUGGGCAGCGCUAGCGUUAUCCAUGCGGUGGUAGUCAUUUUCCUGGAGUUCUUUGCCUGGGGUCUGCUGACAACACCCAUGUUGACUGUUCUACAUGAAACGUUUCCACAACACACAUUUCUUAUGAAUGGUCUCAUUCAGGGUGUCAAGGGCCUGCUGUCCUUUAUGAGUGCCCCUCUCAUUGGUGCCCUGUCUGACGCAUGGGGCAGGAAGUCAUUCUUGCUGGUCACUGUGUUCUUCACCUGUGCGCCGAUUCCCCUUAUGAGAAUAAGCCCCAGGUGGUAUUUUGCCAUGAUUUCUGUGUCCGGAGUCUUCUCUGUCACUUUCUCUGUAAUAUUUGCAUAUGUAGCAGAUGUCACUGAAGAACAUGAAAGAAGCACAGCAUAUGGAUUGGUGUCUGCGACAUUUGCUGCUAGCCUGGUCGUAAGUCCAGCAAUCGGUGCCUACCUCUCCGUUCAUUACGGAGACAAUCUAGUUGUGCUGGUGGCCACAGUGAUAGCACUUGUGGACAUCUGCUUCAUCCUCCUGGCUGUGCCGGAAUCACUUCAGGGGAAGAUGAAGCUCACAUCCUGGGGAGCAUCAAUUUCAUGGCAGCAGGCUGACCCCUUUGCUUCCCUGAGAAAGGUGGGGAAGGACUCCACAGUCUUACUCAUCUGUAUCACAGUGUUUCUGUCCUACUUGCCAGAAGCUGGACAGUAUUCCAGCUUCUUCCUCUACCUUCUGCAGAUCAUUAACUUCUCACCCACAACAAUUGCAGCCUUUAUAGCAAUGGUGGGCAUCCUUUCCAUCUUAGCCCAGACGGCAUUACUGAGCCUUUUAAUGAAAUACAUUGGAAACAAGAACACGGUCCUGCUUGGACUGGGCUUUCAGAUGCUUCAACUGGCUUGGUAUGGUUUUGGAUCAGAACCAUGGAUGAUGUGGGCGGCGGGAGCUGUGGCGGCCAUGUCCAGCAUUACCUUCCCGGCUGUGAGUGCGCUCGUAUCCCGUAGCGCAGACCCCGACAAGCAGGGGGUCGUGCAGGGCAUAAUUACAGGCAUCCGUGGCCUGUGUAAUGGACUGGGUCCAGCUCUCUAUGGAUUCAUUUUCUUCCUCUUCAAUGUCGAGCUGAAUGAGAUGGUGGCUGUGCAGAGUACAACCAUGUCCUCUUUAAACCGUUCUGCAGAGGGAUCAGUAAUUCCUGGGCCUCCCUUUGUGUUCGGGGCAUGUGCGGUCCUCCUGGCUUUCUUAGUGGCAUUAUUCAUCCCGGAGCACCGCAGCCCUGCAGUGAACACGUGCAAUGCCCACAAACUCAGUGGCAGCGACGGACAGCCCCACAACCCUCCCCCAGGCAGUGAUGAGGACAUUGAGCCCCUGCUGCAGGACAGCAGCGUGUAACCAAGGAGAGGAGAACGUAGAUGACAUGAAGUGGCCCUGUAAGGGCCCGUCAGGAAGUGCUCAAUGAAGCUGGGACCAUGUAAGGGACGUGUUAAAUCUUCCAUCGUACCGAGCUUGCUGAAACUACAAAUCAGUUCACAUUCCUUGCUAGGAACAUGAUUUUAAGGUUGUGUUAUUUUUUUCAUCUAAUAUGGAACUACAAAUGUUUUUAUUAACUGUAUAGUUUUUAAUAAUAUUUUUCAGUAUUUUAUGAUCUUAAGGGAGUUGAAGACUCAGGACCUAGUUGUUGGAGCUUGCAAGUAAUUCUGGGUACCUUGUUGGAAGGUAAGGGCUGUUACUGUGUUGUGAGUCAGUGAUAUCAAAAAAAUGCAGGGUUCUGAGAGGGAUGAUUUUGGAGUGGUCUUUGGUUGCUAGUUUUAUUUAUUUAUUUCAUUUACUAGACUGUUCAUAAUGAAAAAUCAUCAAUAGGCUUGUAUUAAGUAAAUUUUAUGUUGCAACUCAGAAUAAUUCUUUUAUUAGAAGCUUUAUAUCAAUAAGCCUUACAUGAUUUUUUUUAAGUUAUGUCAGAUGGGGUGAAAUGUUCAUUUUCACUCCAAAAGAGCCCAA